AUUCAUCAAUAACCCUUCUUUUCCAAACAAAUCUCGUCAGUACAACGUGUAUUUGCGAGAUUCGUGCCGGAGAGACCUAAAACUAACCCUUGAUGCCUAAUAAUACAGGCAACGAAUACUUUUUAUUAGAAGCAGAGGUGGAGGGGAGACAACUCCGUAGAAACACUAAUUUCUGGUACGGAGGCUGACACGAAAUCGAUCGAAACUUGGAGCUAGCCUUGUUAUUGCCGACGGUAGGGACAGUGGGUAAAGCUGUGUACAUUGCGAGAUGCCACCGAGGGGAGGGUGCAAGCCGUGAGGAGGUGAAACACGGAUUAGUAAGGUGUGAUACGACACGAUAUAAUAUGUGAGUCGUGGUAUAUGUAUGCGGAUUCUGGAUGACUUCACGAAUUAGGGAGGAUUAUAACUUAACUAAGGUCUACGUUGGUGACCCGGAUGAUGGGGAAAGGCAGAUAUAAUCGGACAUGGGUAUCGCAGCAGUUUUCUACCUUCCAUUUACUACACUUCUGAUCAUGGUCUACUUUGUGUUUGCCGGGGAAGAGGACUGUUUGGCAUUAGACCGGAGUGACGGACCUAUACAGUGCUAUGAAUGUUUAUCUUUCUCCACCACCAUGGACAAUUACUGUGGCGACCCCUUUAACGAAACCAACAAGGGCGUUAAAAUGAUAUCUUGUUACGGAUUUUGUGUUAAAUGGGUCCGAAACGUCCGGCCGGGGGUGGUACGAUACCAGCGGACAUGUUCCUCCAACCUAACUAUCACCAUGAACAUUAAUGCCGUUUGUAUAGCCGAGUCCAGGCCUCGGACCGGAAAUAUAUGCUUCUGUGAAAAACGGAAAUGCAACGCAGGGAUAUCAUUAAAAUCAGAAACUCACGUGCGCUCCCUAAUGACGUUUCUUAUCUUAGCCAUACUUCUCACUCGCUUUCGAUAGAAGAUAGUUUAUGGAUAGACAAUUCACUUCACGUGCAGAUCGGCACUAUCAAUGGCCUUUGUGUAUAAAUACUGCUAAAAUAUUGAAAUAUUGUGUGUCACGUGCAUAAUAUAUGACAAGGGUCACGUGAUAAAUUGGCGGGAAUGUUCCUUUUUACUUAUGUGAUAUAUAUAUAGGUCACGUGAUCUCCCGUGCUCAGGAAGUGAACGGGAUUGUCCAGAAUAGUGAUGUAACAUUGCAUCUCACGACUGUUAGAACUUAGAGUGAUACGGAGUGUGUAACUCAUGCAGAACGAUGAAUAUUCAUGAGCUGUGUGGGGGUAUUAAUACUGUUUCAACAAUUUUGACUCCUUAACUAUUCUGCGAUCGAUUCAUCGCGUCAUCCUUCUUUAAUUCGAUUUUAUUAGUUCAUUAGAGUGCUCCGCCCCUGGAUAUGACCACGAGCACAUCACUUGAUUUUUGGAAUCGAAUGUGACAUAAACGGAUGUGACGUCAUCGGAAACAGUUUUGACCCAUUGGCUAGGAUGUAAACAACCAUGCUGUCAUAACGAGACCGGAUAUAAUGAUCUGUGUAUAAUAUAAUAUGAUGUAACCACGUGAUGGUUACACAUCCAGGCAUGACGUAAAUGUUUGUAACCGGAUGUGACGUAAAAGAUUACACAGAUUCUUUAAUAUAAUAUUUUCCAUUGGCAAAACUUUUAAUAAGUCACGAUGUAGAAAGUCUGAUAUAUCCAUCUUCACAUAUUUUUUUUUCUAAUUCUUUAUAGUACUUCCGGUAGCUACAGCGAUAGUAUAUAGAUUUAAUAUGAUCGUCUUCAGAUCGUUUGCACAGAAAACUAGCUCAUAAAUUAUAUACUCUUUUUGAAAAAAAUAAGUGUUUAUCUCACUUUUUGUAGGAUAAAUUUACAUUUUAAAAUUUGUAUUUUAAAACAUACUGUUAAUUCUAUAAUGACGAUCCGAUUAUUGAUAUUUAUCCUUUCUUCUCGUCCUUUCGUUUUAUUACUGCCCAUUAAACAUGUUGGUUGCACCUCAAAGAUCGACAGAGGAAAGGAAUGGAUGCGUAUGGUUAGAAUUUGGCCCUAUUAUCGGCAAAUCAGUGAGAACAUUUGACAGCGGGAGUAUGUGUGUGCGCGUGUUAUCUCAUAAUUAAACACAUUUAGACUUUUAAACCAGUUUCACGUAUGUUUAAGACUCCAUCACACGUUCAUUAUAUAUCAUCUAUUUUGCUUGUAAAAUAACCAGACAUUUUUUCUUGUUUUAUUUUUCAUGUAAACAGCUCAUAUGGGCGCCUUAGAAGAAUUUCAUUACAUGGGCGUUGUUUAUAAACUUGUUACUAUUGUUAUAUAUUAAUUAUAUAUUAAUAUAUUGUUUAUUGAUUUUGGAGCUUGUUAAUUAGACAGGAGCGAUUUAUAUAUACACAGAAACAUGCCUGCACGUGAAUCAGGAAAUAUAUAUGGUCAUGUAGUUACACGUGAUACAAAUUAUUGAAUGUACAUUACGUAUUCUGCCCAUCAGUUUCAUUCACAGCCUCUGAAACAUCAUUAUAAGGGCGAUAACUCCGACAGUCUUACGAUCAAUCGCAGCAUCUCGGGAAAUUUCCGGCACCACUCGGAAAUUCCCGAGUGUUACCGGAAAUUUCCCCGAGAUGUUGCGAUUGUCUUACGAUAUUGUACAUCUUGUUUAAAGAAUGGGACUAAAGUAAAAAAAAAUCAUGAUUACGACUUAAUUAAAUUUUGAUAUAGCAAUUUUGACAAACGUCCCACGGUCAACACACCGUUCUAUGAAAACUACAUCAUUAUUCUAAGUCGUAAUCACGAGACAAAUAAGUCUUAAUUACGAGACACAUAUGUAUCUAUGUAUAGGUAAUGUCGUAAUAAUGGCAUAAAAAUACUACACGUGACACUAACCGAUUUCAUCUAAAUUUAUUUUUUUCGAAUUCGAAUUAACUGAGAUACAUAUAGUUCGACAUAAUUGAACGAAAAAGGACUUUGAGAAAAAAGUGAUUUCCCGCUAUGAUGAAGUGUACACUUUUAAGUUGAUAUGGAUCGCCAUAACUGGGUUUGCAGUUAGAGUUUGUAAUUAUUGAUCUGUUAGUUUGGACUUCAUCAUCAUGGGGAUUUACCGUAAUGCUCGUCAUAACAUCAUUUUCAAUUCAGAGCUCGUCAUAAUGGGACUUUUUUUCCCCAAAAAAACGUUAUUAGAUCGACUUCUCCCCCAAAGAGUUGGUGUAAAACUUGAUUGGCAGCUUCCACUACAAAUCCUUUUAUUCUGUUACACAUAACUCUGGUUCCCGACACUUUAUCACUAGCUCUCCACCUCUGGGUUGCGAGUUCGAAACCUACGUGGGGCAGUUGCCAGGUACUGACUGUAGGCCGGUGGCUUUUCUCCGGGUACUCCGGCUUUCCUCCACCUCCAAAACCUGGCACGUCCUUAAAUGACCCUGGCUGUUAAUAGGACGUUAAACAAAAACAAACAAACAAACUCUGGUUUCUGAUAAGUCGUCCAAAAAACGUUCAGAUUAAAAAAAAUAACCUGCUAUAUGUAAGCGCCAUAGUGACAUUGAUGUACAUGUAUGUAAAGCAUUAGGCCGACAUGUAUGUAAGCGUCCGAUUGAUAUGGCCUCUUCGGGAUGAGUAUGGUCUAUACGCUACAGAUCGAGUAUAGGUCUACGUACUCAUGUAGACAAGUAUGUUAUGCCUACAUACUCAAACUGUCAGUUUAUUGUAAAAAACAUAGGUGGUGAUCUUCCAUUUUACUUCCAAUUUUCCUUUGUUGACUACUGACGUAGCAUAUGCUCUGUUUUCAUGGCGACGGGCAAUCUGUAAGGAGGGUGUGUUUCUGUUAAACCUUCGACGAGAGCCCUUUGUGUAUUCCUUCAUCGUAAUCUAUCCGGAAAUCUGGUUAUAUCGGAACCGCUUUAAUUCAUACUUGAUCGUGCAUACAGUAAAACCCUUGCUUUUAUGCGAAUUAUAUCUUAAACUAUCUCUUAUUGGCCGAGUAUUUUUUAUAGCGGUAUGGCCGAUAAGUGCCAAUAUUUUGGUUCUUGGGUUUAAUAGAAUUUCUUUCGACCGGGUAUUUUUGUUCGCUUUGAAAAACUUAAUUAAGUCAUGUCGUUUGUUUUGUCAUAAGAUAAUGUUAAAGGGGAACUAAUACUUCAGCCGCAAAUUUGUUAUUUUUGUCCUUUUCCUUUUUUCUAAAAAUUGCAUCAAAGCCAUUUUAAAUUACCUGUGAUUUCCAAAACCGGAUAUGACGUACCAUGAAGGAAUGCGCGUUAAGCUGUCGACAGAAUUGUUUUACUUAGUGAUUUUAGUGAAUAUGGCUCUUCUAAUUGUGAUAUUUCAAACUUUUUAUUAAUUUUAUCAUGAAUGUAAGAAUACAUUAUACCAUGUAUAUAUAUAUAUAACUGAUAGUAAACAUUACUUAACCACUUAAAUGUUAGAUAAUGGCCGUCUGCAAUGUUUCCGCUUAAGUUGGUCAAAAUGAUUGUUUCAUGUAAAUCAUAGAUCAUAUCAGGAAUGAUUUGAUAAGUAUACAGAGUCGUUUAGUUCUGCUCAAGUUUAACAUAGAAACAUACGUAUCUUUAAAAAUACAUCUAUAUAUAAAUCGGGCAAAGAAUGAAUUGGAUGACAUUUCGUUUUUAAACAAUAGUUUAGCUAAACAUAUUACAUAUAAGGGAAAGGGGAAAAAAUGAAAUUAAAAGAUUUCAAAAUAUUUCUUUUUUCAAAUUUCAAGAACUUUAGAAAUAUUUGAUACAGUAACACGUAAGAAAAUGAAUAAGCUUACUGUGUAUUUCAUUUUGAAUAUAAGUUAUAGAAUUUUCAGGUUUUGGGGGAAAAAAAAAUCAUUAUUUUGGGGUUAGAAGAAUUUAAAUGGUAUUUGCAGGAUAUUUCAACGCAAAUAAAUGAUAAAAUUUGCUCCCUUCCUGUUUAACCGGAAGUACACAUUGGCGAUAUUGGUCUCGUUUUUUGUUAGGACGAGGAAAAAACUUAUUUUCGCUGACACAUCUCAGUUAUAUGCAAUCUCAGUGUCGAUAUUUGCGUGUCAUUUGCACCUCAAUUACUUGUUUGUAAGGCAUUUUCAUUAAAAUCAAAAUAAAAAAUGUCAUUUUUA